CAGCUGCCAGUGGCUCUGAAGAGGUUGCUAGGAGAGAGCUGACAUUACCACCCCCGCCGAGCCUCCCAGGAGGGAGGAGCCGCAGUGACAUGUCUCCCGACACCUGUCCGGGCAGCGGUCAGUCAUGAGCGACAUAAGCCGGGAUUCGGUCAUCUCUUUCUUGAGGGAGAAGGGCGGCCGUGUCCCCAACCAGCAGUUGGUGGAGCAUUUCCGGCCGCUGCUGACCGCUGCGCCUCCCGGAGAGGCCCGGGCCGCUAACCGACAGCUCUUCAAGGAUAUCGUGAAUGAGGUGGCGAGCGUGCGGGCGGAGGGCGAGGUGAAGUACGUGUGUCUGCGGAAAAAGUACCGGAGAGCGGGGGAGUCCGGCGAGGACCCAGCAGCCGGAGCACGGCAGCCAGAACCGGGCGGCAGCCCGAUCUCCGCACACAGCCCGGAUUCCAGCAGCGGGGAGGACGCGAGCAGCACACCGGAGCCCAGCGAUGAGCCGCCGGAAGAGCAUCCUCCGGACUCCGGGGAGGAGGCGGGAGAUGGUUCACCGGGGUAUGACGCACCUCCCAUCAUCUCCGUGACCGAGGAGCCGGAGGACGAGAGCCAGGCAGCCAAGCGCCCCCCAGGAACGCCCGAUGUCUCCCUCCUGAGCGGGAGGACUCCGCGGAACAGCCGCAGGGGCGUCCGGGACCCGGUGUCCCCACAGCUGCGCCGGGGAGGACUGCUGCUCCGGGCCGGGCUCCGGGACUCUGACAGCUCGUCCCUGCACAGCUCCUCGUCCGUGUCCGGGAAUGAGGAGGACGAGGCGGGCUCGGUGGCGCUGGAGCCCUUGGAGCACGCCUGGAUGCUGAGCUCGUGCCGGGCGCGCUGGGACUCCCUGCAGGAGCUGCUGCUCGCCGAGCCCGGCCUCAUCACCCGCCGGGACUUCAUCACCGGCUUCUCCUGCCUGCACUGGGCGGCCAAGCACGGGCAGCACGAGCUCCUGGCAACGCUGCUCACCCACGCUCGCCAGCACCGGGUGCCUGUCAACAUCAACGCCCGGGCGUCCGGGGGCUACACCGCCCUGCACCUGGCCGCUAUGCACGGCCACCUGGACGUCAUCAAGCUGCUGGUCGGGGCGUACGAUGCGGAGCUGGACAUCAGAGACUACAGCGGGCGGAAAGCCUGGCAGUACCUGAGCCCGGACACGGCCCGCGAUGUGCAGGCGCUGGUGGGAGCGGUACCGGCUGCGGCCGAGGAGGACGAGGGGAGUUCGGGAGCGGGCCGCUGGCGGCUCUCCCGGGUGCUGCCCUCCCAGCUCAUUGUGCACCGGCUGUCACAGCUGCCCGAGGACGAGCUGGACGGUGGGGGGCGCCACAGAGGGGACAUCAGCAGGAAGGGCUCCGGGAGACCGCGGCUCAAUAAGAUCAGGUUCAGGACGCAGAUCAUCCACAGUAACCUGUCCGCCCGAGACCCCGAGGACGAGAUGUUCAAGAGCCCCAUGAGACACCGGCCCAAGUCCAAUGUGUUCGGCUGACGCUGCCCCACUGUGACUGGACUAUGUAUGAGGCGGCCUCAGGACUAUACACAUACAGGCGGCCUCGUGCAACCAGAUUUCGGCUUUUAUUUUUCCAGCGCAGCUUUGAAAAUGAUAGGUGUGAUUUCAUUGGUUGCUAUGGGUAACUGCUGAACAGUGUGUAUGCAUUCCUUACUAGCCUAGACGGGUAAAGUGAAAGCUGCAGUCUGAUUGGCUGCUAUAGAGUUUGUAUUUUUACUAAUUUUAUAUACAAAUAUGUUGCACAUUUUUUGAAGCUAACAAAUAGUUGUACUACAGUGGUGGUGAGGUGGAAGGGUGUUUGAUAGAACUGUAAUAUUUGGUACAGGAGGCCGCCUGUCUUUUAUAACUUAUGGGUGGUCCAGUGCUUCAUGUAAAAUAAGGCACCAAGGGGGAGAUUUAUCAAAGCUGGUGUCAAGGAAAACUUUAGCAACCAAUCAGAUUCCACCUUUCAUUUUCCAAAGGAACUCUGAUAAAUGACAGGUGGAAUCUGAUUGGUUGCUAUGGGCGACUAAGCCAGCUCUACUUUACACCAGUUUGAUAGAUGACCCCAUACAUUUCUAUUUUUGUACCUCACCUGCCCCCGUGAUACACAUUGCACAGAUAGCACUUUCUGUAAAUGUAACGUCCCAUAAGCUGAGAACUGAAUGGCGGUCAUGUCAGGCCCGGGUGAGGUGGGGUGUCAUGUCUGCCAAGUUUGGAUCCAGCAGGGAAGAAAGGUAUAGAAGCAGGCGGACAUGUUGCAGUUUAUAGUGAAGGCCCUUAUCAUCGGAUCUUCUGUGGAUUCGGCUGCGGGGAAGGGAAUCGCUUACCUUGCCUGCCUGAGGAUUAUUUGGUGCUCGUGUCUGUGUUUCAGUAUACUUGACGUCACAAUGUCACAAACCAGUGCGACACAGUACCAGGUAGCAUGACUGGGAGGCGGUAGGAUGAACUUAAAAGGGUUUGUCAAGUUUUAAACGUAUAUAUCUGGUCCUCAUAGAUGGGGACUAAGA